GUCUCACCUCACACCCCUCGUCAAGCCCAACUGAGCUGCUCCGUGUAUCUCCUGGUCUCCUUCCCUCAGACCUCAUCUCUCCGUUAGCUAGCAGACCCAGAAGACGUGUAGACCAGCAGCCCAAUGGAGCAGACAGUGGUGCUGAUCACAGGAUGCUCCUCGGGGAUAGGCCUCAGUCUGGCUGUCCGGCUGGCCUCGGACCCAGCGAAAAUGUACAAAGUCUAUGCCACCAUGAGGAAUCUUGCCAAGAAGGAGCGUCUGCUGGACUGUGUGAAGGGCCUGCACAAGGACACCCUGGACAUCCUCCAGAUGGACAUCACUGACCAGCGGUCCAUUCUGGAUGCCAGGGACAGGGUCAGGGAGAAGAGGGUGAACAUUCUAGUGUGUAAUGCUGGUGUGGGGUUGAUGGGGCCGCUGGAGGCACAGUCCCUAGCCACCAUGAGGCAGAUCCUGGAGGUCAACCUCCUGGGCACCAUCAGCACCAUCCAGGCCUUCCUACCAGGGAUGAAGGCCCAGGGCCAUGGACGUAUCCUGGUCACUGGCAGCAUCGGUGGGCUACAGGGACUCCCCUUUAAUGAGGUGUACUGUGCCAGUAAGUUUGCAGUAGAGGGCGCCUGUGAGAGUCUGGCCAUUCUCCUGCAGCACUUCAACAUCCAUGUGAGUCUUAUUGAGUGCGGCCCUGUCAACACGGAUUUCCUGGACAACCUGCAGAGGGCAGAGCCAGGGGACUCUUCGCUGCAGCAGGUUGACGCCCACACACUCAGCCUCUAUGACACAUACCUGCAACACUGUGGGAUGGUGUUCCAGAAUGCAGCUCAGGACACAGAGGAUAUUGUGAAGGUACAAGGUAUUUCUGGAUGCCAUCCAGUCAUCGAACCCUGCAUUCAGAUACUACACCAACAAUGCCCUCAUUCCGCUCAGCAGCCCUAAGAUCUCAGCACUGGACGGGUCCCAGUACAUCAGAAAUAUGAGCAAGAUCAUCUUCUCAACCAAUGGGAAAGGGGAACAGAAAUAGCCAUCAAACUAUAUAAUAUAAUAUAACCCUUUACUUUAUACAAUCAGUACCAGUCAACAGUUUUAGAACACCUAUUCAAUCCAGGGUUUUUCUUUAUUUUGACUAUUUUCUACAUUGUAUAAUUAUAGUGAAGACAUCAAAACAAUGAAAUAACACAUAUGGAAUCAUGUAGUAACCAAAAGGUCUUAAACAAAUCAAAAUAUAUUUUAUUAUUGAGAUUCUUCAAAGUAGCCACCCUUUGCCUUGAUGACAGCUUUGCACACUCUUGGCAUUCUCUCAACCAGCUUCAUGAGGAAUGUUUUUCCAACAGUCUUGAAGGAGUUCCCACAUAUGCUGAGCACUUAUUGGCUGCUUUUCCUUCACUCAGCAGUCCAACUCAUCCCAAACCAUCUCAAUUGGGUUGAGAUCGGGUGAUUAUGGAGGCCAGGUCGUUUGGUGCAGCACUCCAUCAUUCAACUUGGUCAAAUAGCCCUUACACAGCCUGGAGGUGUGUUUUGGGUCAUAGUUCUGUUGAAAAAUAAAUGAUAGUCCCACUAAAUGCAAACCAGAUGGGAUAGCGUAUCGUUGCAGAAUGCUGUGGUAGCCAUGCUGGUUAAGUGUGUCUUGAAUUCUAAAUAAAUCACUGACAGUGUCACCAGCAAAGCACCCCCACACCAUCACAUCUCCUCCUCCAUGCUUCACGGAGGGAACCACACAUGCGGAGAUCAUCUGUUCACCUACUCUGUGUCUCACAAAGACACGGAGGUUGGAACCAAAAAUCGCAAAUUUGGACCCAUCAGACCAAAGGACAGAUUUCCACCAGUCUAAUGUCCAUUGCUCAUGUUUCUUGGCCCAAGCAAGUCUCUUCUUCUUAUUGGUGUCCUUUAGUAGGGGUUUCUUUGCAGCAAUUUGACAAUGAAGGCCUGAUUCACACAG